AUGAAUGAAGAUCAGGUGAAAGACAUAAUCCGGAGAUGGCGAGACACUCCAGAAGAAGAUCUGAAGCCAGAGGACUACCAACAGUUCAAGAGUUUGGGCUCUGCCUGUCUCAACGAGGGCGACAGCGCACAACUACUGACAUUCCUCCAGAAUGAGAAGAACCAGGGGAUUGUGAAGUCUAUGGGCUGUGAUCUCAUGGCACCUCUUGUAAAUGAGGCAGUCAAGAAAAAGAAGAGUUUUGAUCACUGCCAGGCAGCCAUCACUCAUCUGAGUAGGGCUUGCCGACCAGAUGAACUCCUGCACAGCUUCCUGGAACUAAUUGAAGACAUUGACCCAGGCGCCAUUUCUGAGACCAUCUUGGUCCUUGUCCCACAUCUUCAAACAGUGCUGCUUUGCCUGGAGGAGAGAAAGGCGGCAGGUGUGGGCUCGGUUCUGUCCGCUCUGCAGAAGCAGCUGUCCCGGCUGCCCGUCCCUUACACCCAGCGGCAGGCGGAGGCUGACGAGCACGGUCUGUGUCGCUGCUGCAACGCCUUAGCUGCGUUUACAAAGCCGUUCAUAGAGGUGGCGAUGAGGAAGAAUGGAAACUAUGUCACCACCUCCGAGGGAGAGGAGCUCAGGAUGGAGCUUUUCAAGUUCUGCAUGAGGAGCUUGAGAGCUCCUUUACUUGAGGCCGAACUGAACCGAGACAGAAAAUCGUCCCUGUGGAUCUUUGCAACAGAGAUAAUGGUCACAUUACCUGCAAUCCAAGUGUCUGUCUCAGAGCUCCUGUUCUUCAACUCUCUGAAGAAAAGCUCCCAGACUGACAACAGUCAGUCCAGGGAGUCAAGAGCCUGUCUGGCAUAUCUACUGUUUGUGCAGCUCAUCACCUUAGACAGCUUCCCAGCAGUAUUCCGCCCUGUAUUUGUUCUUCAGUGCAACAUGGAGCACAUCAAUCAACUACUCAAUAGCAAAAAUGAAUCGCACUUACUCAAAGGACUGGCUCUGUACACAAAAAGCUUGGAAAGCGUGGAGGACAACAGCCUUCCAGUGAGCCUACUGGACCUGAAGAGCUUCUACGAUGUACCACAGAACCUGCGGAAGCUUCUGACCGACUGCCCGAUUCAACAUUUGAGAGAAUCAGGGCUGCAGGUUCUCCAGCUCUUCAUCAAUAAAUUAGAUGCUGAAGCAAAGCACAAGUUCUUCAGGUGCAUGUUAAAAACCAGCAACCAUGCAGGAGUAGAGAGUUACGUAGUGAAGAACAUGAGGAAUCAAGUAGAAUUUUCUAUGAAGCCGGGUAAUACCAACAAAUGGUUCCUAGGAGAGGAGCUUCUCUCGUUGUUGGGACUCGUGUUGUGUUUGCCACAAGGUGCUCAGACUGAUUUGCUUAACAGUAUGGACAAGAUAAUGGAGAGUCUGAGUCUUCUGCGCUAUCUCGUUAUCAGAGACAAAGAACUGAGGAGCCCAACAGAUGUGUGGGAAAAGCUGUGUAGGAUCAAAGACGAAUACCUUAAAAUGCUGCGAGUGUGUAUCGGCAUAUCAAGAGGCUAUUAUUCCGCUGAACUGAAGGCACUGAGGGAGGAUCAAAAGCUAAAAGCAAGAGAAGCCAGAGAUGCUACUCGAUCCACAAGAUUAGUCAAAAGCAUAACAGUGAAACAUGAGAGUGUGUCUAAUAUGUCCCCGGAGGUCCAGCACCAGGUGCUGCAGAGUGCUUUGGUGACAUUUGACCUGAUGGAGAGUCUUAUCGUGCGGAUCGAAGAGAUCACGGAGGAAAAAAAGAAGAUCACGACAUAAACCAAGGACUGCGCUCAAGUGUCAGACGAGUGGAUUAUUUUUCUAAACACGGUUUAAUUCCAUCUGCUCUGACUGCUUGAAAAACAGCGCAUUGAAUAAAGUGUGAUUUUGUUACUGUCAAAAAAUGGAAAAACGGAAUUAACUGUGCUAAUACACUGAAACACAUCUUUUACAUUUGCUUUUGUAUAAUCACCAAGUCAGCAUCAAAUAAAACUACGGAGGUGUUUGUGCUGGAUCACCUGCUGACGUUCACAGAAAGUCUCUUAGCAUCUCCCACACAGGACUGCUCUCGAGGACGUGAGCCCGAGCCAGAGACAU